UCUUACUUUCUCAGACUUUUUAUUCUUCUUCUUUUUUCUUUUCUCUCUUUCCAAUUGCGUGUGUUCGUUCACUCAUUGUAAAAAGUGUCAUUGUUGAUGCCAACAUUGAUCGCAUCACAGAGCACAAGUAGUUCGAGUAGCACGAGUACAGCACGAGUAGCAUGAGUGGCAAUAGCAUUGGCAAUGGAACUCCACUGGCGGGUCCCGUCGUCGUCCCAUCGCCCAUCGGGUCGGCCUCAUCCACUGCUGCCAAUGCCAACAUGGGCUCAUCCGACUCUGUUGCUGGUCCGUCUGGCUCUGCUGGGUCGUCUGCGCUCGCAUCGCGUGUCGCCACUCCAACGCCAUCCACUGCUCAAGCUCAGGCUCAGGCUCAAGCUCAAGCUCAUGCUGGCUCAGCCGACUCGUCGCUGUCCAUGCUCACGUAUGGCGUUGCUGGCUACGUCGACGACGACGACCAAGUGCCCGUCUGCAUCAAGCACGUCGCCUUGCUCGCUGUCAGAGCAUUCUACCCGCCAGACUGCGUCGUCAUGCUCGACACCAUUCUACGCUACAACCAAGUCACCGAGGAGGAUCUCAUGAAGUUCUUCAAGCUCGACAAAGACAAGGCCUCGCUGAACAAGACGAUCGCAGUGCUGCGAAGCAACAGAUUCAUCAAGGAAGUCAAAAUAAAGCAGGUCAAGACGCCCGAGCAAAAGUACUCAAAGGCAGACAUUAUCUCGUACGUGGUCGACUAUGAGUCGUUGGUCAACGUCGUCAAGUAUCGCUUGCACAAAAUCAACCAGCUACUGCGCCAGCAAACCGCUCGACUCGCCGAGACUGCCGACAUGAGCAUGGCCAAGUACAAGUGUGCCAAGUGCGGCCGCGGCUCGACCGAAGUCGACAUUGUCAAGGCUCAGGACAUUUUGCAACAGCAGCUGCACAAUCCCAGCAUCCCCAACCGCGACCCCGUGAUUCUUCACCACGACGGCCGUCUGCUGUGCUACUUUUGCGGCGGCGAUGUUGUCCCUGACGACCACGCCAUCAAGCUCAGCCACGCCAUUGGCGCGCGCGAAUCUCGCUUCAACGAGCAAAUCCGUCAGCUGGUGCUCAAAAUCAAGGAAGUAGACAAAGUUACCUUCUACGACAAGGGGUAUGCAGGCAUUCAGCUACCACAAGCCCCUGAAGAUGCCAUGUAUGCGAAAGUUUCAACUGCCGACGUAUAUCAGGCGCCAUCAGCUGCUCCAGCUCUCCAGUGGCGGUCUGGUCGACCAGCAGGUGGAAUGGGCUCCUUGCCAACCGACAACAUGGCCGUCCAGCUGGCAGAUUCGAGUAAAGCACCUUUGAAAGCCAAGGCUCCGCCAAUAUGGAUGCAAAAAUCGACCAUCUAUGUCGAAGACGAGCCGACAGCUGUCCAGCCAGUAAAGCGAUUCCGAGCCGACGACGAAGAAGAGCGAGAAUCACUGCACCACGACCCUCAAAAGUACAGCGAUUACUUGCGCGAAAUGCAAGAAAGGGAGCGGCGGCACCACAUCAACCGAGUGCUCGAGACAAUGCCAGACGAGGCCAGCCCCAUGGCAGUUUCCGCUCUUGGAGCCGAUGGCGAUUUAUCUCAAUCCAGCAGCGACACUGCGUUGGCGCUUGUUGGUGGGCGGCCCUACCCGCUUCACGAAAUCACAGACGAGCUCAUCGCCCAAAUGUCGGACGACGAGUACAACCAAUACUACAUUUUGCUUGCCGAGUACAUAUGAGAGUGCUGUUGUGGUGGCUUGGUGGCGUUUCCUCUGACCAUAAAGGCAUCCAAAACAAACACAAACAAGAAACACCAUGGCCAGAUGUGCACGACUCCAG